GUCAGGCUGGUGAAUGGGACUAACCUGUGCUCAGGCCGACUGGAGGUGAAGUCUAACCAGUCGUGGUUCUCAGUGUGUGAGGCGGACUUCGACCUGCAGGAUUCAGAGGUGAUCUGUAGGGAGCUUGGUUGUGGAGGUUCUCCGGUCAUCCAGGCGACGCAGUAUGAGGCUCCAGUGUUGACCAAAGAGUUCCGCUGUGGAGGCCAUGAGUCGACUCUCCUGGACUGUGGAAGCUCAGAUAAGGACAUCUGCUCCUCUGGCAAAGCUGUUCAACUCACCUGUUCAGAGCCGGCUGAUGUCAGGUUGGUCGGAGGAGCCAGCCAAUGCACUGGCACUCUGGAGAUGAAACAAUGGGGUGAAUGGAAACCAGUGGUGGAGGACUACUGGAGCCUGAGGUCAGCAGGUUAUGUGUGUGGACAGUUGGACUGUGGCUCUGUUAUUUCAACCAGAAGAAGAGAAGACACCUCACCUAGACAUAUGUGGCAACUCAAAUCUGACUGCGAUGAAUCUUUGCUGACGAAAUGUUUCAGAAGACCUGUACAUUCCUCUUUCAUCCUGGAGAUAACCUGCUCAGACUCCAUCCGGCUGAUGAAUGGGACUGACCUGUGCUCAGGCAGACUGGAGGUGAAGUCUAACCAGUCAUGGUCCUCAGUAUGUGAAGAUGACUUCGACCUGCAGGAUGCGAAGGUGGUCUGUAGAGAGCUUGGCUGUGGGGAGCGUUCAGUCUUCAGGGGGGAACUUCAUGGAGAAGUGGAGACUGGAUGGAUGAACAUGUUCAAUUGUGAAGGGCAUGAGUCUGCUCUCCUGGACUGUGGACGCUCAGGGUCAACUAGAAACACCUGCUCAACUGGCAAAGCUGUUGUACUCGCCUGCUCAGACCGUAAUGAUGUGAGGUUGGUGGGAGGAGCUAGCGACUGCGCCGGUAGACUGGAGAUGAAACACCAAGAAGAGUGGAAAGUGGUGAUUAGUGAUUCCUGGAGUCUGAAGGAAACAGCUAUAAUAUGCAGAUGGUUGGACUGCGGCUCGCCUGUUUCGGCAGUGAAGAGAGAGGAUUCCUCAGAGCGGCCUGCGUGGUACAUCAAAUACUCCUGUGUUCAGUCUCAAUCUACAGUGAGGGAGUGUGUGACAACAAGGAACUAUACUUAUUAUGACAUCCUGGAAAUCACCUGCUUAGAGUCUGUCAGGCUGGUGGAUCAAUCUGUUUCCUGUUCAGGCAGAUUGGAAGUGAAGUCUAACCUGUCGUGGUCUUCAGUGUGUGAAGAUGACUUUGACUGGCAGGAUGCAGAGGUGGUAUGUAGGGAGCUUGGGUGUGGGGCACCUUCAGUCCUCCAGGGGGUGCUCUAUGGAAAAGUGGAGGCUGCCGUCUGGACUGAAGAGUUCCAGUGUGAAGGCAAUGAGUCUGCUCUGCUGGACUGUGAAGGGUCCGGCUCAGUGAGGAAGACCUGCUCACCAAAUAAAGCUGUUGGACUCACCUGCUCAGGUGAUACCAGGUUGGUGGGAGAGCCCAGUCGCUGUGCUGGAUUUCUGGAGAUGAAAAACCGGGGCGAGUGGAGACCAGUGACUGACUCAGAUUCUGCAUGGGACCAGAAGUCUGCAGCUGCAGUGUGUGCACAGCUGGUUUGUGGUUCUGCUGUUUCAACGAGGAGAUCAGAUGAUUUUCCAUACAGAGUUGUGUGGUGGAUCAAGUCUCCUUGUGUCCAGUCAGCAUCUUCCCUGCAGGAGUGUCUAAGGGAGAUCGGUAUAGAUGAAUGCCACACUGGCCUGGAAGUGAUAUGCUCAGAUUUGCUGGCUCAACCAGUCAUCUCCCUCUCUCCCUCCACUGACGGGGUCUCUCAGGGCAAGCAGCAGGGGUCUCAGGUGCUCCUGGGCUCCAACUUCACCAUCAGGUGCUCUGUCCAACCUCAGUAUGAAGGAGGCACGUUCCAGCUUGUCUUCAACACCUCGGCCACAGUGCAGAACUACACCCUGCCGGCUGUCAAUCACUCUGCCCAUUUCCUGUUUUCUGCCGCAGACCACACCCACCCAGGGGAAUACAGAUGUCUUUAUCAUGUCUACGUUUUCUCUCAAAACUUCUCCUCUGAAAGCCGGCCACUCUAUCUCUAUGAAGCAGAAGACGUCGAUCGUCAGCCCUGGAGUGGUUUUGGUUGCGAACUCAGCGGGGGUUUUGGCCUCUUCCUCUCUGGGUUCAGCAAUGCGGGCCCGGUUGACUGGCUUCGGCGGGUGGUGACUGGCUUCGGCGUGUGGUUCGGCUGA